GAUUAUUUAAUCAGUUGUUUCAAUGAACAUUAAUAAACUUGAGUGGAUUUUGUCAUAUAUUAUCAGAUUUUUUCUGUGUGAUAAAACCAUAUGCAACAUAAUUUAAAUUGAACGUUUGAACUUGUCGAAUAGAUCCCAAAUAUAUCCUUUGUGUAAUCUUGUGUUAUUUAAAUAAAUUGACAUAGAGCAAGAUUUUAUAACUUAUUGUUAGUUUUUUCAAGAAAAAUUAACUGAUCAAGAUGCCUAUUUCGUGUUCUACCAGAUGUGGAAACGAUGCCAUUUUAAAGAGACCAAAAACUGGCGAUACAUUGUGCAAAGCCUGCUUUUUCUCAGCAUUUGAGACUGAAAUUCAUGAUACUAUUAUAAAUGGUAAAUUGUUCAAAUCUGGUGACAAGGUUGCUAUUGGAGCAUCAGGUGGUAAAGACUCUACUGUAUUGGCAUAUAUUUUGAAGACUUUGAAUGAAAGAUACAAGUAUGGAUUGGAUUUGUUUCUUUUAUCUGUUGAUGAAGGAAUUACCGGAUAUAGAGAUGAUAGUCUGAAAACUGUAAUGCAAAAUAGAGAUGAUUAUGAUAUUCCACUUAAAAUCUUAUCAUAUAAAGAAUUAUAUGGAUGGACAAUGGAUUCCAUAGUUGCAGAGAUUGGCCGUAAAAAUAAUUGCACGUUUUGCGGUGUUUUUCGAAGACAAGCAUUGGACAGAGGAGCUGCAAUUUUAGGAGUAGAUUGCAUCGCAACAGGUCAUAAUGCCGACGAUAUUGCAGAAACAAUAUUAAUGAAUGUCUUGAGAGGCGAUAUUGCUCGACUACAAAGAUGUACAUCUGUAAUCACUGCUGGUGCAGAUUCUAUCAUGCGUUGUAAACCAUUGAAAUAUGCAUAUGAGAAAGAAAUUGUCAUGUAUGCAUAUUUUAAGAAUCUAGUAUACUUUUCUACAGAAUGUAUAUAUGCCCCGAAUGCUUAUAGAGGUCACGCACGAGCCUUUCUAAAAGAUUUAGAAAAAAUAAGACCUUCAUCUAUCAUAGACAUAAUACAUUCAGGUGAGCAAUUGCAAGUGAAAAAUAAUGUAAAAAUGCCAGAGAGAAGAAAUUGUACUCGGUGUGGAUUUGUUUCGAGUCAAGAAAUAUGUAAAGCAUGUAUUCUAUUGGAGGGUUUAAAUAGAGGAUUGCCAAAACUCGGCAUCGGUAAAUCUAAUAAAGCUAAAAAAAUAAUGAGUUUGGAUACAGAUAGAAGAAACGAACAAAAUGUAGAUCUUUAAAAGUUUUAUUAUUUCUAAAUAUAUAACAUGCACAUUAAAUAUACCUUUACAAAAAAUA